AUGAAGAACCCCAGCUUUGAUUGGGAAAAGUUAAAAGAUGUAUUUUAUAGAAAUAGGGCCAUUGGCGAGUUGAAAUGGCCUACUCAAUACGAAGACUUUAGAUGUGCGUUGUCAUCAACUGUCAUUGCAGUAGAGAUCCAAGACUUUAUACAGAUAUACGACUAUUUUGGACAGUUACUGGGUAAGAUUAACUUACUGAAAACUCAUGAAGAUAUAAUAAAAUUCGAAUUUGAUAAGAACGAAAAGCUGAUAUUGGUAACGAGUCGCUCCGUAAGGAUUGUGAAAAGUUGGACACCAUUGAUAAUCGAAAAUGUGCCACUGGAAGACUCAAAUGUAGAUACAAUCUGGGAUUACCAUAAUGGAAUCAUGCUGUUAAAAGAAUCUCGCGAUAUAUACAAGUUAAACGGCAAUGAAUGGGAACUGCUUUAUAAGAAUAAAGAUAAAAAGUACAAUUUAUUAACAAAAAACCAUUGGAGUUGCAAUGACGAAGUUAUCAUUCUACUAGAUGUUGACCACGUGUACCAGGUGAGUACCUCAAAUGGAACGUUACUGAAGCUGAUUGCAGAUUCCUCGUGGCACAAGGUAACGAUAUCGUCUAAAGGCUUUAUUUGUCUUUAUAACAUGAAGUACAAUAAGUUACAAAUAUUUAAAGAUCCCACAAGAGUAUUGAUGGAACACGACUUGGAGUCUUYACCAGAUGAUGUAUGUUGGUGUGGCAAUGAUACUAUUGCUUGCUCCUUCGAAGAUGAAAUCAAAUUGUACGGACCAGAUGGUCUGUAUGUAACAUUUUGGUACCCAUAUAACGUAACAAACCUAAGGGCAGAAAUUGAUGGUUUGAAAGUCAUCACUACUGAAAAAAUUUACUUUUUAUCAAGAGUGCAACAACAAACUUCGAAUAUCUUUAGAAUUGGAUCAACCGAGCCGGGGGCUAUGCUGCUGGAUUCAUUUAGUCUACUGGAGAACCACGCGCCCAAAGCGAUUGAAAUUUUGAAGAAUUUCGAUCUAAAAAGAGGCGUACUGGACUGUAUUGCUGCAGCAGUAGAUGAAUUCGAGCCCAAACUGCAGAAGAUACUAUUGAAUUCCGCAUCCUUUGGGAAAGCUUCUUUAAAUUACAAGUCCUUUGAUGCAGGUAUAUUCGUGGACGCUUGUAAGGUAAUAAGAUUACUGAACUGUUUCAGAAGUUUUGGUAUUUUUUUGACUGCGGAGGAGUACAAGAGUAUUUCUCUGAAAGGUGUCGUUGAUAGGUUACUGGUGUACCACAAGUAUUACGAAUGCAUACGGAUAUGCAAAAUGGCAGAUAAACCAAUCCUCUUAGGAUACGUAUUUACCGAGUGGGCAAAAGACAAAAUCAAAGAUAGUCCUGACAUGGAGGAUGAUGAACUAUUAGAGACAGUCAAAUCCCGGUUGGAUUCUGUAGGUGAUAUGGAUACAAUACAAAUGAUUGCUAUUUCGAACGUUGCAUAUUUAGAAGGACGGUUCAAGUUAUCUCGAGAUUUAGCUCUAUUAGAAAAGAACGAAGAAGCCAAAAUUGAGCAGCUUUUCAAGCUUGAUGAUGAUAGUCUGGCGCUCAAAGAGUGUGUUCAAGUACAGAAUUCUAGUUUGACGGUUUCACUUUUGGUUGCACUCUCAAAAAAAUUAACAAACUCCCAAUUAACAAAGCUUUUGAUCCUUGAUAUGUCCAACAAUCCUUUGUAUAUCUAUUACAUGAGGAACGACAAAGCUUAUUUGUACGAUUUUUAUCGCCAAACAGAUCGAUUUAUCGAUUUGGCUCACGUCCUAUUGCAACAAGGAAAGGAACAACAAUCUUUACACAGCUUUUUACCACAAAUUAGAGACCUUUAUAGCAAAAUACAGAAUAGCGAAAUGGCUAGCGAUGUCACCGGGCUGCUUCUAAGACAAGAAAAAUUGUGGGUGUACCAGGAGUCUCUAGGCAAAAGAUUCGGUAUUUCAUUCGCUGAUAUGACAUUGGAUCAAACGCUUUCAAAAUUGAUCGAAACAGGACAAGAAAAGCAGGUAAAGGAAAUAGUGAAAAAGUUUAAAGUAAAUGAAAAGAAAUUGUAUCACCUAAAAUGUAGAAUGCUGGUUGAAACCAAGAAAUUCGACCAACUGAUGCAAUUUGCUCAGUCAAAGAAAUCACCAAUUGGCUACAUGCCCUUUUAUAGAUAUCUGAGAAGCAGAGGGCAUACAAAAGAAGCGGCUUCUUAUGUCAAUAUGAUACCUGGGCUUUCUUACCAAGAAAAAAAGAAACUGUACUUGGAUUGUGAGAGUUUCUACAAUGUAAUUCAACUGGCGGGCAAAGAGAGAGACAUACCGGGCUUAAAAGAAAUAUACAACAUUAUACCGGCCAAUGAACCAGAACUAAAGGCGCUCGCCAAUGAAACAAUGGGUAGGAUAUAG